UGGACUCCUCAGCCCGCCGCCGAUUGGGCGUUGCACCUGCCAAACAAGCGGAUUUCAUUCACAACAGACUGAACCGGGGAGCAGCUGCUGCAUAACCAGUGUCACCGGGCACCGGAGAAAGAUGAUUUUACAGCGAGGUCCGUAAAGCUUGUCGCCACGGGCCCAAUGAAGAGAUCCACCCAACAAACCUCUUUGAAGCGCUGACGGUGAAUAAAAUGCAAACUCAGAUGGCUCUUUAAAGCAGGAAGAAGGAUCCGCAGACACAUAAUUGACUGUCUUGUGAGUGGGGACCCAUGCUUGGCAAAGCUGAUGGUGCUUUCUGAUGAAGGGCUGGCUGUUUGCAGACUUGGAAAAUCUGUUUGUGGUGGCGGUAGCAGCAAUCUAAGCAAGGCCUCUCCCCAGCAACAUUUUCCAGCUCCUCCUUGGGGAUCCUGAGGCGUUACUAAACCAGAUGAGAUGUAUAAUCUCUCCAGUGUGUUCUGGGUAUACCCUGGAGUCGCCUUGGACGUGCCCGGAAAACCCCCUAAGGAAGCCUUUCUCUAAGGGUUGUCUCACAUAAUGCUCCAUGGUUGCUCCCUGACGCUAUCAUCUGUUCAACCUCUUUCCUCCAACCCCCCAUCAAGCUCCUCUCCCCUCCCCCUCAACCUGUGGCCUAUUUAUACCCUGGAGACUCAAAAGAGCCCGAUAAAACUCUGCAGACCUCUUCAGCAAGAGACAACAGAGAGCAUGAAUCCAAUAACGUACAGUAGAUCUAAUCUCCAACCUCAUCACCGUUUCUUCGACAGCUACACAUAAGGAACAUUAAGGCUUGGACUACUGGAAAUUCUUGAAAUGCAACAAGACUACAACUGCAACAUGCCUCAGAUGACAAACUGAUAUAGCAGUGUGAAGAGGACAGUUUUGCAGCUGCAACAGAUUUGGGAAAUUCUGGAUGCAACUUGUGCUCUGGUUCACAGACUGGAGGUUCUGUACCAUUUCAUUGAGAUAAAGGAAAACACUCAUUCAUAACAUUUGUUUAUUGACUCAGUUGUUUAGAUAGCUAUGAUAUUUGGGCCAAGACACUGAAAGAAUUUACCUUCUAAAUGGCUUACACAUCUGAAGUCCUUCCCCACCCUCAGCCAUGAGCUAAGCCAUCGCCACCCUGGGCGUCCCUUGCAGGAUGACUGCUGUCUGCCCCUCUGAGAGCAGUCCAGAAGGGGCUGAAGCUGGGACUGGGACAGCAGGCUGUAGGGGGCGGGGGGCAGCAGGCACCGCUGGGAGCAUCUCAGUUUCUGGGGCGGAGACCGGGGAGUCAAAUGGAGACUCUGUCGGAGGUUCAGUUGGAUGCACUGGCGGCCAAAGGUACACUCGCUGCAGCCGCCAGGACAGCUCAGACAUCAACACAGAUGAUGAGGGAGCCACUAUCCGCCGCCUCACACCACUGGAAAGGCUGAACCUGGAUAUGUGCCAGGAUGACAGAGUGGUCCGUGAGCUAACAGUGGGAAGAAGAAUCGGCUUCUACAAAAUUCGAGGAGAGAUCGGCUGUGGAAAUUUCUCCCAUGUCAAGCUAGGAAUCCAUGCCCUCACCAAAGACAAAGUGGCCAUAAAGAUCCUAGAUAAAACCAAGCUGGAUCAGAAGACCCAGAGGCUGCUGUCCAGAGAGAUCUCUAGCAUGGAGAAACUGCACCAUCCCAAUAUCAUACGGCUCUAUGAGGUGGUGGAGACGUUGUCACGGUUACACCUGGUGAUGGAGUACGCAGGGGGAGGGGAGCUCUACACAAAGAUUACUACAGAGGGGAAACUUUCUGACACUGAUAGCAAGAUCGUCUUCGCUCAGAUCCUCUCCGCUGUUAAACACAUGCAUGAAAACAACAUCAUCCAUCGUGACCUGAAGGCAGAGAAUGUCUUCUACACCAGCAGCUCUUGUGUCAAAGUGGGGGACUUUGGCUUUAGCACGCUGAGCCACCGCAGUGAGACACUCAACACAUUCUGCGGCUCUCCGCCUUACGCAGCCCCUGAGCUCUUUCGGGAUGAGCACUAUGUUGGCGUCUUUGUAGACAUCUGGGCCUUGGGGGUGAUGCUGUUCUUUAUGGUAACAUGCACCAUGCCGUUCAGGGCAGACACUGUGGCCAAACUGAAGCGCUGCAUCCUGGAGGGGGCCUACAUCCUGCCCUCGUGGGUGCCAGAGGCAUGCCAGCGGAUGAUCAGGGGAAUCCUCCAACCUAUACCAUCUGACCGCUGUACAGUGGAGCAGAUGAUUGGCUGUGAGUGGCUGCUCCCUGUGGACUUCCCAUGUGCCAUGGAGCCCUUUAAACUAGACCCAGCCUACCUAGCAGAGAGUGAUUCAUCUGAACUCGGAGAGGAAGAGAUGGAGGUAAAAGCAGCUCUGGAGACGCUAGGAAUCACCUCAGAACACAUUCUCAACAACCAGGGGAAAGACUGCAGGAGCUCCAUCACAGGGGUCUAUAGGAUCCUACUACACCGGGCUCAUAAGAAACGAGCUGUUGAGAGUAUGCCUGCCGUCACACAGGUAGUGAGACCAAAAACAACAAGUAAAAAGGAACGGCUAAAAGUGUACCGUAGUUUAAGGCACACAUCUAAGCUCUGUGUGAUUCUGUGACAAAAUGCUCUGCUUCGCUCUGAAAAUGUAUGACUUAAUAGUCUGGGAUGAGGUUGCAUGGACUUUAUUAGGAAUAAAAAAACAUGCUUUUCAGUCCAGCAGUUUAACUUUAAAUUGUGAUAUACAACCCCACUCAGCUCCUGAAAUGUGGGAUUUCUUCCUUUUAAUAUAUUUCUUCUAGUAAGUAAUAUUAGUCUCUGUGAGAAUGUUGCUGCUGGUGAAUCAUUAUUGUCUCCUUUAUGACAGGGAUCUGUAAUACUUUUGGAAAUGUGAUGAGAUUUAAAGCGUUUAUUUAGGUAAACAUAAUGAUGAUGGCAUACACAACUUUGGUAACGCUUUAUAUUAAGGUAUAUUAAGAUAAGUGUUAUUUAAUAGAUAAGAAGUCCUUUAUAAUAUUCUUAUUAACAUGUGUUAAUAAGACUAUAUAAGUGUUUAUGGCAUCAUAAACAUGCUUAUUGUUAAAUUAUAAGACAUUUAUAAGUACUUAAAAGAAACAUGUUAGCAGUUUAAACUGCUUGAGAAUGUUAGUAAAACAAUUUAGUUUCUUAUAAUUGUUUAUACUAGCAUUACAAACACAAUUAUUGAAUUUAACAAACUUAUCUAUGUCAUUGACUUUUACUAAGCUUUUUUUGUUGCUUCAUAAAAGUAGUAACUAAAAGCAGCUAACUAUGGACACAUUAACAGUUAACUAUGCUUUUUGCAGCUAUCGGAUCUAAAGCGAAAAGAAUGCCUUGUAAGGGUAAUAAUAUCUGUAUCAUGCACUUAUUAAGAGUUGCAUGCAGGGCAUUGUUUUUUUUGCUUUAGAUCUGGUAGCUGCAAAGUUGACUGUUCAUAAAUGCAUAAUAAAGUAUGUAUCAAUAUUAAUAAAGAAACAACAAAGCUGAGUGAAGGUUUAACAAUGACUUAAUAGGUAAGUUAGUUCAACUCAAUAAAUGUGUUUGUAGUGCUAUUACAAACAAUUCUAAAAACAAACUUGUAAAGCUUUUAUUGACGUUCUUAAGCAGUAAAUAAAUGGUUCAACAGUUUCUUAUAAGUGCUUACAAAUGUCUUAUAAUCUAACAAUAAACAUGUUUAUGAUGCUAUUAUUAAAAUAUUAUAGUCGUAAUAACACAUAAUAAUGUUAACAAGCAUCUUACCUAUUAAUGCUUAUUACAAGGACCAUAAAAUGAAGCAUUACGACUUUGUAUUUGAGUCACACGGGCCAGAUAUUUAUAGCCCACACCCAUUCUACGCUUAGUUUUGCUGGAACAUCAAUAACCCCUAUGAGACUCAAUGUAGCAUAAAUCUUAAGGAAAAUAUUUAGAAAUCCAUUACAUUAGGCUGAGGUGAUAAAGUGGUGAAACAUGCAGUCAGUACAUGAUAUAGGGUGUCUUUAAUGUUUAUUUGCACUUUUCUUCGAUGCCUUAGUUCUCUAUCAUGUUAUGAAAUCAGCCAGACUGGUUUCAUUACUCCUUAAUGUUUGUGAUGACAUUAAUAGAGAUUUCACAUCUUACUUUCUUCUCUAUGAGAUGUUCCUGCUGUAAGACUGAUUGACUUGAAUGGCCUCACUCUAUUUUUCUGUGGCCUGAAAGAGCCAAUAAAUAUCAUUGAACUUCAAAUACCAACCACUAAAGUUGUUCAUGUGGCAAAACCGAUUAUCAGUUUUGACCUCAGACAGUUUCGGCAUGAGUUUCAGUAAUUAAUUUAUUUUUAAUUAUCUGAUGCCAUUUUCAUGUUUAUGUUUUGAAUUAAAAUAAAUAAAACA